AUGCCGGAGGAAGGUCAAACAUGGUUCACUGUCAUGAUUAACUAUGAGAAGCAGUAUGAAUUGUUUGUUCCAGAACGAAUUAGUAAACUCUUUCGAAGGAGUAGAGAAGAUGUUAGAGUAUAUAGAGGAGAUAGUACACGGAUUUACCAGUUUAAGUGGAACAAGAUUAGAGAUAAAUCUGGCAUAGAGAUAUAUUUUAAGGAGGGAUGGUAUGAUUUCGUGAAGGACAACAGUAUAGAGGCUGGUGAUAUACUGGACUUAUUGUAUAUGGGUGAUGGGGCAUUCAAGGUACUUAUUUGGCGUGAUGGAAAAGAUAUCACUAGUGAAUUUAUUGAGAUAUCUUCUGAUUCUUCGGUAGAGACUGAGCCAAAGGACAAUGAUGCUGAAAGAGAGAAGGCAGAACUCAACUACACUCGUCAUUCCAGAUAA